AUGGAAAUCACUACCAUGAGCCAAGCGAUGCAGCUCCACGCCCGGAUUCUGAAAUCCGGGUCCGGAUCGCCGGAAAACACCACCCACGAGCUCAUAAAGCUCUUCACCUUCUCCGCUCUUUCGGGAAACCUCACCUACGCGAGCCACGUCCUCGACUCCCUCCCAACCCAACCAAGCUCCUACUUCUACAACACUAUGAUCCGGGCCUACUCCCAAUCCCCCGACCCGACCCGCGCCCUCCACUUCUUUCUCUUUAUGCACCGGCAACAGCUCCGCCCGUCCGGCCCGGCCCCUCGACCCGACAAAUUCACUUACCCCUUUGUCCUCAAGGCUUGCAGCCGGUCGAGGCGGACCCGUCUGGGGAGACAAGUGCAUGGGCUGAUUUACAAGUCGGAUCUUGAAUCGGAUCGGUUUAUCCGAAACUCUCUGAUUCAUAUGUACUCGGGCUGUGGAGAGUCGGGUCUUGCAGAGAAGGUGUUCGAUGGAAUGUCUGACAGAGAUGUAGUGUCUUGGACUUCGAUGAUUGAUGGGUUGGUCGAUGACGAUCGGCCCCUUGAGGCUGUUAGGAUGUUUCAACAAAUGCUCGACGAUAGGAUCGAACCAAAUGAAGCGACAAUUGUUUCGGUUCUCAGAGCUUGCGCGGACACGGGGGCUUUAAGCAUUGGCCGGAGAAUGCAUGCUCUUGUUGAUGAAAAAAGAGAGAUUGGUUUAAAGGCCAAUGUUAACACAGCUCUAAUUGACAUGUAUGCGAAAUGUGGGUGCAUAGACAGCGCCAUGCGGCUGUUCAAUUCGAUUGGGAGGAAGGAUGUUUUCGCUUGGACUGCUAUGAUCUCUGGCCUUGCUAGCCAUGGGCAGUGUCAAGAUGCUACUGAAUUGUUUGAUCAAAUGGAACAGCUUGGUUUAAAACCAGAUGAAAGGACUAUAACUGCAGUUCUAUCAGCAUGUAGAAAUGUAGGUCGGGUUACCAAAGGCUAUGCUUAUUUUAAGAGUAUGCGAAGGAAGUAUGGAGUAAGGCCCACACUUCAGCACUAUGGAUGCGUAGUAGACCUCCUCUCUAGGGGCGGACGCCUAAAUGAUGCUGAAGAGUUAAUUAGAAAGAUGCCCAUUAAGCCUGAUGCUGUUCUGUGGAGAACCCUUAUAUGGGCAUGUAAAAUUCACGGAGACAUCGAUCGGGGUGAGCGCUUGAUGAAGCAUCUUGAUCAUAUUGAUUCUACUGAUUGUGGGAGUUAUGUACUUCUUGGCAAUAUGUAUGCUUCAACGGGAAAGUGGCAUGACAAGGCAAGGGUGAGAAAGUUGAUGAAUCACAGAGGACUUGUGAAGCCACCAGGCUGUAGUAGGAUUGAGGUGAAUGGGCUGCUCCAUGAGUUUACUGCAGGGGAUUCUACUCAUGUUGAAGCAGAAAAGAUAUAUGGGAAAAUGGAUGAAAUAGAGGAGCGGUUAAGGGAAGAAGGGUAUCAUCCAAAGUUAUCAGAGGUGUUGCUCGACAUUGAGGACGAGGAGAAAGCUUUUCAACUGCGUCACCACAGUGAAAGGCUAGCUGUUGCCUUUGGACUGAUCAAGUUAAGCCCAGGAGCUGAAAUUCGGAUUGUCAAAAACUUACGAUCCUGCGAGGAUUGUCACACUGUCAUGAAGUUAAUCUCCAAGAUAUACCAAAGAGAGGUAAUGGUAAGGGACCGGAUACGAUACCACCAUUUCAGGAAUGGGGAAUGCUCUUGCAGAGAUUACUGGUAAGUAGUUAAAUUUGAGAAGAAAACAAAAAAUGAUCCUUAAGAGGGCCAUUUUGUUGAAAAUGAAAAAAAAUUUACAUGAAAUGGAAAGGAUGUUAUGUAAAGAACUUACAUAUGGAGGUCUUUUGUGUGCUUUAAAUUCAAAUAAAUAUAUGCAAACUGUUUCAAUAAAAGAUUAUUUUUACCCCUCCAA